UUUUGGCGCACCGUGGACCGUCCGCAUACGAGUUUUCUUUCCCCCGUUUUCUUCUCUCUUUGUACGAAUCCAAAACCUCUGUCUAGGACGCCUUCGCUCUUAAGCUUCCACGCUCCGUCCUUUACCUCUUCUUCUGUUGCGCUGUUUGGAUCACCGGACAUCGGUUCAAUUGAAGUGAGAAGGAGUCUUCAAGUAAGGAGAUGGCCGGCCGUUACGAUCGCAAUCCUUUUGAUGAAGAAGAUGAAGUUAACCCGUUCUCUGAUGGAGGGGCUAGAGGAAAAACAUCUGGACAAUCAAAUUUUGGUGGUGGCGCAUUUUAUACGACUGCAACUGGAAGUGUUCCUCCAGCUGCAAACUCAAGACUUUCUCCUCUUCCACCAGAGCCUGCUGAUUUUUACAACCCUACAGCUUCAGUUGACAUUCCUCUAGACAGUACUUCAGAUUUGAAAAAGAAGGAAAGAGAUCUGCAGGCUAAGGAGGCUGAAUUGAAAAGGAGGGAACAGGAAGUACGGAGAAAGGAAGAGGCUGCUGCACGAGCUGGUAUUGUUCUCGAGGAGAAGAAUUGGCCUCCAUUUUUCCCACUUAUUCAUCACGAUAUUGCAAAUGAAAUACCAAUUCACCUGCAGAAGAUCCAGUAUGUUGCAUUUACAACGUUUUUGGGACUUUCUUUUGCCCUUCUUUGGAAUGUUGUUGCUGUGACUACUGCAUGGAUUAAACAGGGAGAUGCAAAGAUCUGGUUUCUUGCAAUUAUCUACUUCAUCUCAGGGGUGCCAGGAGCCUAUGUGUUAUGGUAUCGUCCUCUCUACCGUGCUUUCAGGACUGAGCGUGCUAUGACGUUUGGGUGGUUUUUCCUGUUUUACUUGCUUCACAUCGGCUUCUGUAUCUUUGCCGCAGUUGCACCUCCUGUGGUUUUCAGGGGAAAGUCUCUAACAGGCAUACUUCCUGCUGUGGAUCUCAUAGGCAAACACAUACUUGUCGGGAUUUUCUACUUCAUUGGGUUUGGACUAUUCUGCAUCGAAACAAUGCUCAGCAUUUGGGUUAUACAGCAAGUGUACAUGUACUUCCGAGGCAGUGGCAAGGCAGCGGAGAUGAAACGCGAGGCUGCCCGGGGUGCCCUUCGAGCAGCCGUUUAAUGUAUUGUAAGUGCCCAAACGUAAGCAAAAUUUACUUGGAUGUGAGAUUAUAUGAUGAAUUGGUUGUCUGUUACAUGUAAAGCAUAUUUAGUUUCACGUAUUUUUUUCUUCCCUUCGGUGAAAAGUUGAUUCUAACUGUUUUAUUUUUCUGAAAUAGCCUUUAGAGAGAGAGAGAGAAUAGAGUAUAUGAUCAACUAUGGAGUUGUUAUAUGUGUUUGUAAAUUUUUAUCUUCAGCAUACGGCCUUCUCCUAUGUUUUGUAAGAUAUGUAAUUCAAUAUUUGCUUCUGUGAUUUUAAAA